GACAGGAAGCUCAGGUGAGACGUCUGACAAAAGUUCUGAUCUAAAUCAGAAGCUUGGUUCACCUCCACUCCAAGAUAGCAAGGUUUUCAGGACCGCCAUGCGGGCCAAACAUCGGUAUCAUCAUCGCGGGCCAAUCCUAGCAGUUCUGUAGCAAACGCUUCUAACAGCCUGCCAUAACUGGAGACUGAACUCGCUGACGCUUAGACCCUACGAGACGCGCAGCAUCGAGUCGCUGUAUAACACAUUUAGACACACGCACACACAGAUAUACAGAUGCGUCGAAGAAAGUUUCGUUGCCAUUGCCAGCCGACUGCUGCCAUCGCUUCAGCUACAGUUAAACCCACCACCGUCAUCGCCGCCAUUAGCGGGCCGCGGCUCGUCCGUAAGGAGCGCCACGAUUCCGCUUCCAUUCCGUUCCCUCUUGCCUCGUCUGAGCAGCCCUCGUCGUUGCCGCUGCCGCCAUCAUUGCCGCCGGCGGCUUCAGAACGUCUUGCAGCUUGCUGUUGUUACAGCCGCGGCCGCGUCGACGUCUGUAUCUUGCCACAGUUUAUCCUUUCCCUCAUGGGUCAUGCGGACGCCGGGUCAGAACCGAAAGUCGAAGUCUAAGCGUCGACAGCAGCACCAGCGAUAAUACCGCGACGUCUUCGACGUGUACCGUCUGUUGUUCUUGAUUUGGUUUACGUUGUUCGUUUUUUACGUUCGGUAGUUGCCGGUUGGCUUGUUGCUUCGUUGGUCCGUUUGCUGUUCCCCCUGUUACAGCUGUAGUAGUUCUCGCCGUGCGUCUCCUGGCGGUGGGGUUUGUCAUUACUAUAACGGACCUGUGAUUGUUAAUCUUAUUAUUAUUAUUAUUAUUUACGGCCGUGAUCGCUUGCAACAGUGCAACAAUGGCUAGUCGUUAAUUGAUUAGUUAUCGGUAAUCAGUAGCGUGCGGAGAUUUGAUAGUGUCGAUGCUAAUGGUUGUAAAUGUUCGAUUGGCCAAACUAGCCACGACCCCCCGCUGCUGUGGUUACCAAAAAUGACCGAAGAAGUUUAACUGCGAGCAACACCGAGUUCGCGUUGAAGCUAAGUGGGGGUCGAUUUCUAGAGAGAGCUGCCCAGCUGUGCAUUCUAUCUCGCGUACGCUUCAUGAAUACGAUCUUCGAUAAACAUGCAGGAAGAAAGCUUUUAAAGAGAUCAUACGGAAGCUGUACGGAAGAUCCUUGUUGGAUGGUUCGUGAUAAUUCGAUAUGCAAAUAGUCUCUAGAAGUUGUGUCCGUAUGUGAUGAAGGUGUAACACCAUCUAGCUUGUAACAGCUUUGUAGUGGUGCCAUAACAAUCGGAAAGCGCCUAUGACCUCCUGCCAUUAUAUGACGAUGUAGCGCUCGAAAAGCCAAACCUGACAUCGGUGGAUCGCCCCUUCCGAUGGUGAGACGUGUGCUUGGUUUUUUGUUUCUUACGGCUAUUGGAAUUCGUGUGCUCGUUGGAAUGAGUGCCUGGAGAGAUCUUCACGACCCACGUGAACAAUCAGAGCCCCGUUAUUUACGGUCCGGCGGCGCUUGGCAGCAGAGAAAGCAGUCAAAAGAUGACAUGCGGGAUUAUAGGGCCGUCGAUAGGGAGUACAGCGCUCAUCCAGCAUCUCGCCUCUACAGGGGUUACCUCAAUCCAGACUACACCGUACACUCGCUAGGAAAGGACCCUCCAGCUAUUAAGUUUCCUCGUUACAACAGUAAAGGCGGCGCGGCGAUCGAGUCUGUGUCGUAUUCGUCAACGUACAACGCACAGGGUGGUUACGCCCAGGCCCGUGUCGGUGGCGCCCACGACAACGAGGGCUUCGUGGCAUCACACAAUGCCCUCAACGAGACCAAUGGAGGGAGCGGCGGUAGGGAUGCGCCGAGUGGGGGCAAAAUCGCUUUGGGCCGGCUCCCUUCCGAUCCGGAAACCAUGCGACGAACGCAAAAACUCGCGGUGGAUGUCGACCGUCUGCGCGUCACCUAUGGUUACGGUAGUCGAGCUACUGAAGUGCUCAAAGGCAUCGAUCUCACUCUACCCGAGGGUAAAAUUUACGGUUUGCUUGGCCCAAGUGGGUGCGGAAAAACGACACUGCUACGGUGUAUUGUGGGCCGGAAAACUCCACAGUGUGGGCAGGUCCGAGUGUUUGAACAGGUGCCCGGUACCACGGGCGCCUUCAUCCCUGGUCCAGGGGUCGGUUACAUGCCCCAAGAGCUCACCCUUUAUCCUGAGUUCACAAUCUACGAGACCCUGCUUUUCUUUGGCAAAGUUUUUCGUAUGCCUGGCAAAGUCAUACAAGACCGUAUCCAGUUCCUGCUGAAGUUCUUGGAUCUCCCCGAUAAGGGUCGCCUGGUCAAGAAUCUCUCUGGUGGUCAGCAGCGCCGAGUGUCACUCGCGGCAGCCCUAAUCCAUAAGCCACCUUUACUCAUACUUGAUGAACCCACUGUCGGAGUUGACCCGCUCCUACGACAAGCCAUCUGGAACUAUCUCGUCACGUUAACUCGUGAACAGGGAAUGACAGUGAUUGUAACGACGCAUUACAUCGAGGAGGCUCGGCAAGCCAAUAUCGUUGGGCUGAUGCGUUCAGGCAGAAUGCUGGCACAAGACACGCCUGAUCGUCUGCUCGAAGAUUAUAAUUGUACUACCCUCGAAGACGUCUUCCUGCAGCUUUGUCUAGCGGAUAAAGAGGGCCGAGCGAUUAUAAAGAACAUGAGGAUGAUUAGUAAUGUCGUCACAGACAAACCGAAAGACAAUUCCCAAAUUACGGAUAAUAUGGACAACAGUCAAAAGAAUCAUAAAGAGAAAGUACCAAUUUACGAAACUCCGCUCGACGUGAAGCACACGCUGCCGCCACCUUCGAGCCAAAUAUAUGCGUCACGUUUCGAACAAGUGAACUCCGAUGGCUUCUCGACGAAUACAAAACGACGCGAUUCGUGGAUAGAUACCUGGUGCAGGGCGCUGGCGCUCGUUCUCAAAAAUAUCACCCGAGUCAAGCGAAAUAUCCCUGUUCUGUUGUUUACGUUCAUAGUACCUUCCUUCCAAGUCGUCCUCUUUUGUCUUUGUAUCGGCGCCGAUCCCUUCGAACUUCCCAUGGCUAUUGUCAACCAGGACACCCAUCCGAUACUGUCUCAACCCUUCCUAGAGUCCAUCUCAAACGUCACAAUUAUCCAGAGGCCAUACGCCGACCUGGACGAAGCGUUGGCUAGCGUCGAACGCGGAGAAACCUGGGGCGUCAUACACAUCGGGCACAACUACUCAACAGCAUUACAAUACCGUUUCUUGCUGGGCAUUGAAGCUGACAAUGAAACGAUUGAAGAGUCUACUGUUGACAUCUACAUGGACAUGACCAACCAGCAAAUAGGAUUUAUCUUACAGAAGACCAUCUUUGAAUCGUUCAUCAUGUUCUGCGAUAAUUUGCUAACUAAAAUGGGCAAGAAUGUGGCGUUAGCUCAACUGCCAGUUCGUGUUCGAGACCCCGUCUACGGCAGCGGCAAACCUAGCUUUACUGAAUUCAUGGCUCCCGGCAUCAUCCUUUCGAUCACAUACAUUAUGGCAGUGGGAUUGACGGCGAUCUCCAUUAUUAUGGAGACUCGUGAAGGCACAAUGGAGCGUUGCUGGGUCGCCGGCGUUAGACCGUUUGAGGUGGUUGUAUCGCACGUCUAUUCACAAUUUUGCGUCAUGGUCGUCCAGGUAGCUUUGCUGCUUUUGUUUAUUUUUCUCGUAUUUCAAAUCCCCCUCGAAGGCUCUCUGCUCCUUGUGAUACUUCUCACCCUGUUGCAAGGUCUCAGCGGCAUGACGUAUGGCCUAGUGAUUUCGUCCAUCUGUGGCGACGAACAAUCGGCCAUGAUGCUUGCGCUUGGAACCUUCUAUCCCAAUCUUUUGCUCAGUGGUAUCAUUUGGCCGAUUCAGUCUAUGCCACGCCUCGUGCGUUAUAUCGCGUACGGGCUACCGCAGACCAUCCCAACAGAGUCCCUUCGUUGCAUUAUGUAUCGUGGUUGGGGUAUUGACCGCGACGAGGUUUGGAUAGGUUACAUCGUAUCGCUGGCUUGGACAAUCUUUUUCCUUCUGUUUGCUACCGCUGCCUUUAAAGCCAGGUCGUAGACAUGAAAUUCAUCAUAAGUAAAUACAUCGCACCGGGCACUACCGUUACCGGGGGUGUUCUUGUUUCUGUAGUGUGUGUUUUUUUUUUUGUUACUUGCGAGGAUUUGUUUGAGGAGCUAAGCACUCACAACACUAGGACUCCAGCAUAUGUGAGACUCAUUGACCUUACAACAAAGUAUUUAGCCAGUUUGCCGAAAGCUGAUUGCUAACUAAAAUUCGUGUUCGUCUAUUUUCGAGGCAUUCUGCGGCCAGUAAAGCAUCAGAACCGUUCGUUUUUGACAGACCUUCGAAAGUCCCCUUUGAUAACAGUGGGCUGCUUCCGAUCAUACGCGCAGGCAAACAUAGCUAAAGGCGACACAAUUUUGUUAGGGUACAGCUCUUUCCACGCUUAGAAAGAAAGAUUAUAUAGAGAAGUAUAUAACAAUAGAAUAUAAUUAUGACAACGACAUAGCAACGAAUAUCAUAGAAAAACACGACAGAAAAGAUGAUGUUUAUAUAAAUAGAGGCUACAGUUUCUACCGUCGAGUCGAACGGAAGAUUUUAGCAAGAAAAAAGGGAUUACUCACCACGUUCCAAAACAUAUGUCACGCCUGCAGCAAAGGCACAAUAAUAAGCAGUUUAGACAAGUAUAGACGGCAUGAGGAGCAGGCCAGACGAGCGACCACGCCUAGGUUUAUUUUGGGUCGGUCAAAACACAGUUAGUAGUAAGGAGCGAAGUGAAGGUGAAAGUCGCCUAUACAGAAAAUGAAUAUCACGCGUUAAGAACUCACUAUACCCCGCGUAGCCUCAAUACGGAGAAACGCGCAAUGACAAGAAUAUAUUACCGAUUAUAUUUUGGGUCGAGCCCAACGUACCUAACGUGGGCUCUAUGUCCAGGGUUCGUACUUGUACGUUUUUGUGUCACUUUACAGGAAGAUCAAGUGCAUAAGGUUGUCGUGCAAUGCUAUGAAAACAGGGCGUACGUAAUGAAAAUGUAACGACCGAUUUCGGCAAUCUCUAUAGGCAUAACUAUAAUCAUCACUGCGAUUCAGUUUUUUUUUUCCGUUGUCAUUAUUUAUCAUGUGAAAUAGACUCUGACGCUUGACUGACCCUUAUUUUCCCUCAUUUAUAGUAUAUAUAUAUAUAUAUAUAUAUAUAUAUAUAUAGUUAACAAAUGAACUGGAGCUUGCGUGACCUGAAGGAAGGAACGUUGCAGAAAUAUGCUCGCAGGACAGGGUGAAUGCGUAUUGUUAUUUUACGUGCACACGCCUACGUGGCAUUCGAAACAGUUCCUUAUUGACUGAAAAAAACUACUUAAUCUUUGUCUCCCUUGUUUCCAUUAAUGUUCCGCGCAAUGACGCCUUAACGAUGUGUAGCUAUUUCUAACAACAAAUAAAAAACUCUGGUGUCACAUAGUUAUGAGAAUGGUAACGUCAACGCAGCAGAAAAAAAUACUUCCAUACACAUCGGCAAGAUGGCAGCGAUUUUCAGGUUUGGUGCCGGUGAUAUGACCGUUUUUCAAGCAAUCGAUUGAUGCUUAUGGUCAACGGUAGGCAACGGCUGGUGGACGCUUGGCACCGGGUCUGAAAUCGAGCAUGAGGUACACCAAACGGCAUCGACAGAAAUGAAGACAAAGUAGAGAACAGAUGUGGGGACUUCGAAGGAUUUAACGGAGCGGAGAGUAGAUGGGUCAACUGGGAGUGUAUGGGAGAAAUAUAUGAUGUUUUUUUUUUGUCAGUUAUAAAACAAACACGGUGAUGAAGCAACGACGCAGUCCAAUUUAUUCUUGGCAGUAUCUUUGCUGAGCAAGCGAGUGCCCGUUGUAUAGUUUUUUUUGUAUCCUGUUGAAUAGGAAAAGGCGUCGGCGAAUUUAAAUGCCGUGGCACAAUAUAACAUUUUUUUGUUUGUUUUUUUUUACGUGGAACGGCGAACGAGUUCAAUCAAAUGUGUUUUUAUAUGACGCGUUAUUUUUUUGCGAAUUUUCAUCACAAACCAAUAUGAUUCGAUACAACUGCUCAAAAGGGUCGACUCGGCCAGCUAAGAUAAUUAUAUAAAAGAUAAAAUAACUAGAUGAACUGUAGGUAGCAUAUAUAUUUUGUGUCGAUAUAACAAGUGAUAUCAUAGUAGUUGGUAGACAUCAAGAGUAUAAUAAUAAUAAUAA